AAAGCUCUCACUCACAUUGUUAUGGAACAAAACCCUAAGGGUUCUUGUAAGAACAAAUCGCCGCCAGAAUGAUCUCAACCGUUGAUUUUUCAUAACAUACAAACUCCCUUGUAUUACUACUCUUACUAUUGCACUCUGUUUUCUUUUCCUCAAACAAAUUUUGCUAUCAUAUGGAUACUAAAAAUUUCCUUAAUUAAUGCCCAAAAUCGAUUCUUGAGAACUACCCAUGUUUUGAUUCUGGUUUAAUUCGGUUUAGAAUUGAUUUAAUUUAUCUGGGCUACACAAAGUUUUGAUCUUUUGUAGUUCCGAGUAUAAAUUUACUAUCUUGAAGGUGGGUGUAAAUAUGGUGUAGAAAGUUUUGAUUUUGAGGCAUUUCUAGGGUUUAGGGUUUGAUUAUUGGUAUUGGGUAUCGGUUAGUUUUUGGUUUGGUAUCGUGGGUGAUGAUCAAACUGAGUAGUUUUUGUUUUUGAAUAUGUUAUCUGAGCUAGCUAGGAGACCCAUGAUAGGAACUAAUAAUAACAGUGAUGGAUCAUAUAGUGACGAUUUAGAGAAGGAAAUAGGGUUGUUGUUGCGUGAGCAGCGUAGGCCGGACCCGGAUGAUCUUGAGAGGGAGCUUAAUAUAUAUAGAAGUGGCUCUGCUCCUCCUACUGUGGAGGGUUCUUUGAAUGCUGUUGGAGGUUUGAUAGGCGGCGGCGGGGGUGGGGGAGGUGGUGGUGGUGGUGCUUUUGCUGAGUUUAUUAGUGGGAAGAAUGGAAAUGGGGUUGUGUCUGAGGAUGACCUUAGGUCUGAUCCUGCUUAUAUGUCAUAUUAUUACUCGAAUGUGAAUUUGAACCCGAGGCUUCCGCCUCCUUUGCUUUCGAAGGAGGAUUGGAGGUUUCAACAGAGGUUAAAGGGAGGGACUUCGGUUAUUGGUGGCAUUGGUGAUAGGAGGAAAAUGAAUAGAGCUGAUAAUGGUAGUGGGAGAUCUUUGUUCGCCAUGCCACCAGGAUUUGAUUCGAGGAUACAAGAAAAUGAGGUUGAGUCGGAGAAAGUUUGUGGCUCAACAGAGUGGGGUGGUGACGGUCUCAUUGGUUUGCCAGGGAUUGGGCUUGGGAGUAAACAAAAGAGUCUUGCUGAGAUUUUUCAGGAUGAUUUGGGGCGUGCAACUCCUGUAACAGGGAAUCCUUCUCGCCCAGCAAGCCAUAAUGCAUUUAAUGAAAAUGCUGAGACGAUGGGCUCAGCUGAAGCUGAGCUGGCUCAUCUCCGCCGUGAGAUGUCAUCUACAGAAGCUUUACGAUCUGGUUCAAAUGGCCAGGGUUCAUCUGUUGUCCAAAGUAUUGGACUACCUGCCUCUUAUUCAUAUGCUGCUGUUGUUGGUGCUUCCUUGUCUAGAAGUACUACUCCUGAUCAUCAACUUGUUGCCAGGGCACCUAGUCCUUGUCCUACACCCAUUGGACAAGGACGACCCUCUGCCUCUGAAAAGAGGAAUGCAGCUGGUUCAAACUCAUAUAACGGUGUUUCAUCUAGCAUAAAUGAUCCAACAGAUUUGGCAACUGCUUUGUCUGGCAUGAACCUGUCAGCAAAUGGCGUGAUGGAUGACGAGAACCAAAAGAAUGCCAAUCUGUUUGGUAUUCAAGGAGGUCAGAAUCACGCGAUGCAAAAUGCCUAUCUAAAGAAGUCUGAAUCUAGAAAUUCGCAUAUGCCUUCUGGUCCUCAGUCCACAAAAAUGUCCUAUGCUGAUUUUGGUAUGAAUAAUGGCAAUGGGUCUGACCUCAACAACUCAUCCUUUGGAUCUGAAAGACACGCUGAACGGCAUAAUUCUGGCGUCCUAGGCAAUUCAUACAUGAAAGGCUCACUGAGCUCCACUCUCAAUGGUGGAGGUGGCUUACCCUUCCAGUAUCAGCAUCUAGAUAAUGCAAAUUCAUCACUGCCAAACUAUGGGAUAAGUGGAUAUUCCAUGAAUCCAGCAAUGGCUUCUAUGACGAGUAGCCAGCUUGGCAGUGGUAAUCCACCAAUGUUGUUUGAGAAUGUUGCUGCCGCUUCAGGCAUGGCCAUACCCGGACUGGAUUCAAGAGUUCUUGGAGGAGGUUUGGGGUCCGGAGCAAAUCUAACUUCUGCUGCAUCUGAUCCUCAUAAUUUUGGACGAGUGGGUAGUCCGAUGGCAGGGAGUGCCGCUCAGGCAGCUUUUGCAGACCCACUAUAUCUCCAGUACUUGAGGACUCCUGAGUAUGCUGCUGCUGCUCAGCUUGCAGCUCUUAAUGAUCCCUCAGUGGAUAGAAACUACUUAGGUAAUUCUUAUCUAAAUUUAGUGGAACUUCAGAAGGUUUAUCUUGGAGCGCUUUUGUCAUCUCAAAAAUCACAGUAUGGUGUACCUAUGGGUGGUAAAUCUGGUUCCAAUCAUCAUAGUUAUUAUGGAAAUCCUGCCUUUGGUGUCGGCUUGUCAUAUCCUGGAAGUCCUCUAGCAAGUCCUGUUAUUCCUAACUCCCCUGUUGGACCUGGGAGUCCAAUAAGACACAAUGAGCUGAAUAUGCGUUAUCCUUCUGGGAUGAGGAACUUAGCUGGUGUCAUGGGGCCAUGGCACCUGGAUGCAGGUUGUAAUAUGGAUGAGAGCUUUGCUUCAUCACUUUUGGAAGAGUUUAAGAGCAAUAAAACUAAGUGUCUUGAACUUUCAGAGAUUGCUGGCCAUGUCGUUGAGUUCAGUGCCGACCAAUAUGGGAGUCGAUUUAUUCAACAAAAACUUGAAACAGCUACAGUUGAUGAAAAAAACAUGGUUUAUCAGGAAAUUAUGCCUCAAGCCCUUGCUUUGAUGACUGAUGUGUUUGGUAAUUAUGUAAUUCAGAAGUUUUUUGAACAUGGACUUCCUUCACAAAGAAGAGAACUGGCUAGCAACCUUUUUGGUCAUGUUUUGACGCUUAGCUUACAAAUGUAUGGAUGCCGAGUGAUCCAGAAGGCCAUUGAGGUUGUUGAUCUAGAUCAGAAGAUAAAAAUGGUUGAAGAGCUUGAUGGUCAUAUCAUGCGCUGUGUCCGUGACCAGAAUGGAAACCAUGUCAUCCAGAAGUGUAUUGAGUGUGUUCCUGAAGAAAGUAUUCAGUUUAUUGUCACAACAUUCUUCGAUCAAGUUGUGACUCUCUCUACCCAUCCAUAUGGCUGCCGUGUGAUACAGAGGAUUUUGGAGCACUGCGAGGACCCUAAUACACAGAGUAAGGUCAUGGUUGAGAUUUUAGGAGCUGUUAGCAUGUUGGCACAAGAUCAAUAUGGCAACUAUGUUGUUCAGCAUGUGCUAGAGCAUGGAAAAUCCCACGAACGUUCUGCUAUUAUUAAGGAGUUAGCUGGGAAGAUAGUUCAGAUGAGUCAGCAGAAGUUUGCUUCCAACGUUGUGGAGAAGUGUUUAACUUUUAGUGGUCCUAAUGAGCGAGAGAUACUGGUUAGUGAGAUGCUUGGAACCACUGAUGAAAAUGAGCCUCUCCAGGCAAUGAUGAAAGAUCAGUUUGCUAAUUAUGUUGUUCAGAAAGUACUUGAGACUUGUGAUGACCAACAACGCGAGUUAAUCCUUACGCGGAUUAAAGUUCAUUUAAAUGCUUUGAAGAAGUAUACCUACGGAAAGCAUAUUGUUGCACGCGUAGAGAAACUUGUUGCUGCUGGGGAACGGAGAGUUGCUUUGCAGUCUUUGCACCUUGCUUAGGCGGCCUAGGAAAGAAAGUCUGUACAGCUAACUGAGGCUAGUGUGAGCUUCAUCACUUUCUUCCUUCGAGUAUCUAGAGUUACUACUUCUCUGCCUAUCUUUCUAGACAGGUAUGAGCUUAUUGAAAAUAAAAGUUGUUGCUUGUACCGAAAACUGUACAUUGUGUAGUUUUAAGGUUUAUACAUAGAGUUGAGGUAGCUGAGGUCAGAUGUUGAAUGCACCUGACGCCCCUGCAAGAGGAGAUAAAAUGACCGACAAUACAAGUGUUUUUACGGUGUGUAAAGAAUCAGCAGAUGACGAGGGUAGUCUAAAACGUGACUGUACAAAAUGUUGGAAUGUGGAGAGUGCUGUUAAUGUUAGAUGAGGCCAGAGUUUUCCUUCAUGUAUCGGUAUCUGAAUUUUUUUUGUUCUUCCUUUUAAAAAAGUACAUUUUUCUUAUGUUUA